AUGGCGCCGGUGGGCGGGGGCGGGCGCCCGGGCGGAGGGCCGGCCCGAGGGCGCCUCCUCCUGGCGGCGCUGGUGCUGCUGGUGCCGCUGUGGGCGCGGGGGGCCCGGGGCCACGGCAACUCCCAGUGGGGCGCGAUCGUGGGCAUGAGGCUGGAGAGCUGCAACAAGUCGUGUGGGAUGAAUCCGGAUGGCACCAUCUUCGUGUCCGAGGGCAGCACCGUGAACCUGAGGCUGUACGGCCUGAGUCUGGACAACAUCUCCAGCAACCUGAUCUCCUUCACCGAGGUGGACGACGCCAAGACCGCCCACGAGUCCACCAACUGCCUGGAGCUCACUAAGGACCUGGUCGUCCAGCAGCUGGUCAACGUGAGCCGCGGGAACACGUCCGGGAUGCUGGUGGUGCUCACCAAGUUCCUCCGGAGGAGCGAGAACAUGAAGCUGUAUGCACUGUGCACCCGGGCCCGGGCUGACGGGCCCUGGGUAAAGUGGAUGGACAAGGACUCACUGCUCUUCAUGGUGGAGGAGCCUGGGAGGUUCCUGCCCCUCUGGCUGCACAUCCUGCUCAUUAUGGUGCUGCUAGUGCUGUCGGGCAUAUUUUCUGGCCUCAACCUGGGGCUUAUGGCCCUGGACCCCAUGGAGCUGCGCAUCGUGCAGAACUGUGGCACUGAGAAGGAGAGGAGUUAUGCCCGCAAGAUCGAGCCCAUCCGGAGCAAGGGCAACUACUUGCUCUGCUCGCUGCUCCUGGGGAAUGUGCUGGUCAACACCUCCCUCACUAUCCUUCUAGACAACCUCAUUGGGUCUGGCCUCAUGGCGGUGGCCUCCUCCACCAUAGGCAUUGUUAUCUUUGGGGAGAUCCUACCUCAAGCUCUGUGCUCCCGGCACGGGCUGGCUGUGGGUGCCAACACCAUCAUUCUCACCAAAUUCUUUAUGCUUCUCACCUUUCCGCUCAGUUUCCCCAUCAGCAAGCUCCUGGACUUUGUUCUGGGCCAGGAGAUUGGCACCGUUUACAAUCGGGAGAAGCUGAUGGAGAUGUUAAAGGUCACAGAGCCGUAUAAUGACCUCGUGAAAGAGGAGCUAAAUAUGAUCCAGGGUGCCCUGGAACUACGGACCAAAACCGUGGAGGAUAUUAUGACCCAGCUCCAAGACUGCUUCAUGAUCCGCAGCGAUGCUGUCCUGGACUUCAACACGAUGUCAGAGAUUAUGGAAAGUGGCUAUACCCGCAUCCCAGUGUUUGAAGAUGAGCAAUCCAAUAUUGUAGAUAUUCUCUAUGUCAAAGACUUGGCUUUUGUGGACCCCGAUGACUGCACCCCCCUCAAGACCAUCACCCGCUUCUACAACCACCCGGUGCACUUCGUUUUCCAUGACACCAAGUUAGAUGCCAUGCUGGAGGAGUUCAAGAAGGGGAAGUCCCACCUGGCCAUCGUGCAGAAGGUGAACAAUGAGGGCGAGGGCGACCCCUUCUACGAGGUCCUGGGCCUGGUCACGCUGGAGGAUGUCAUUGAGGAGAUCAUCAAGUCCGAGAUCCUGGACGAGUCGGACCUGUACACUGACAACCGAAGCCGGAAACGGGUGUCUGAGAAGAGCAAGCGCGACUUCUCAGCCUUCAAGGAUGCUGACAAUGAACUCAAAGUGAAAAUUUCACCUCAGCUGCUUCUGGCUGCUCACCGCUUCCUGGCCACGGAGGUCUCCCAGUUUAGCCCCUCCCUGAUAUCAGAGAAAAUCUUGCUGCGGCUGCUCAAAUACCCAGAUGUCAUCCAGGAACUCAAGUUUGACGAGCACAACAAGUACUAUGUCCGCCAUUACCUGUACACCCGAAAUAAGCCAGCCGACUACUUCAUCCUCAUCCUGCAGGGGAAGGUGGAGGUGGAGGCAGGGAAGGAGAACAUGAAGUUUGAGACGGGCGCCUUUUCCUACUAUGGGACCAUGGCCCUGACUGCAGUGCCCUCUGUGCCUUCAACCCAGGUCGGGUGUCCGCCUGGCAAGCGGAACUCCCUGCUCUCGUGGCUCUCAGAACGCUCCCCAGCCCACCCCACACCUCUCAGCCGCUCAGCCUCCCUCAGUAACCCAGACCGCACGGAUGUCUCGGCCACAACACCCUUGGCUGGCAGCAGCAACCAGUUCGGCAGCUCCAUCCUGGGCCAGUACGUGUCUGACUUCAGCGUUCGGGCGCUCAUGGACCUGCAGUACAUCAAGAUCACUCGGCAGCAGUACCAGAAUGGGCUGCUGGCCUCACGCAUGGACAACAGCCCUCAGUUUCCCACGGAUGGGUGCACCGGCCGCGGGGAGAACUUGGCUGAGAAGUUGGAGCUGCCUGUGGUGGACGAGACCACCACUCUUCUCAAUGAGCGCAACUCCUUGCUGCACAAAGCCUCCCACGAGAGUGCCAUCUGACAGGAGGGCCUGGGGCCCCCCGCCCACCCUGCGGGGGCCUCCCCAGUGGGCCCAAGUGAAGCGAGCCUGUUAGGCCAGAAGGGAUAAAGAUAGACGGCCUGUCUGACUGAGUGGCCAGAUGGCCCCCAGCUUGUGGGGAUCUGGCUUCUGACAGGGACCUCCGCCCAGCCCUGCACUGGUGGGGCAGUGGGCCAGCGACCAUGAGCAAUGGCUGUUUUUUACCGAGAGAAUUUCUAAACUAGGCUCAUUGUUCCUCUUUUGAAAUAUCAUUUUGGGAAGGGAAGACAGGGUUAAGGAACUUUUUUUGUUUUUCCCCAAAAAGACUUUAAAAGGGGUAGGUUUUCUAACCCUGGGAAGCAAUAGCCAUAAUCUGCUCCCAGCCAUGUCCUUCUAGCUUGUGUCCCUAACUCAGGGUGCCCAUUCUUUCUCCUCUGCCUCCUCUUCCUCCAGAGGUGGGAUCCCAGAGCCUGCUGGAGGAGCUUGUCAUUUAGGAGGAAGACAGCUCUUCCCAGGAAGCAAAGAACCAAAAGGCAUUGAGAUCAGCUGCUGGGAGACAUGCGCCGAGGCUUAUCUGAUGUUGCUGAGGCCAAGGUCUUCUGGGUACUGUGCAAGAGACAGGAUAAGGCCAGCCACAGAGAGGAGCACACCUGCUCCUGUCAACUGCUGGACCUAGGAAUCUCCUGGAACUCUGCCGAUGGCCUCUCCUGGUGAGUCGGGACUCGGCUGAGGACGCUCCCCCCUGCCUCCCAUCUUCUUGGACAAUUCCCCCCUUGUAAAGGGGCUGACUCAGAGUGUUAGGCAGGGUCUUGGACCUUUAUGAUUGCUUACCCCUGCUCCCCAGGCCCUGCCCUCACUUUUACCAAAGGUUGCUCCCUCAGAGGGGAGGGCAUCUUUAUUAGAGGUGACUUGUCUGGGUCACUCCUUCCAGUUCUAGGAGUGAAUCUGGUCAUUGGCCUCUGCGUUGUUAACAGUCAAUACCACCCAUCCUCAUCCCACAAGGAGAGUCAAGGCUCAGUUGUUGACCCAUGAAGCUCUUCUUUCCAGACUCCCUAUUUCUAAUCCCAAAACCCCAGUCCCACUUGGGGGAUGGAGACAAGAGGACAUGUUGAAAGCCACUGAAGCAGGUUCUUUAUGCUCUUUCCUCUGUGGCUGGCUGAUGCUCACCUGACCUCGUUCACCCACUUGUGGAACCCCAGGAAAGGAGGAUUCCACCUAAAGGCAUGCAGCUGGCAGUCCCCUUUCCCCAUGUCUGCGUGAUCUUAGUGUGAGAGAUCAUGCCAGCCUUUGCUGAAGUUAGUGGUACUUUACCCCAUGUGAAAUCCUGCCUCAGCACCUUUUCCUUGGGGCUGAAUCAGGCCCUGCUGCAGAGCUCCAGGCUUCCCACUGUGGGGGAGGCUGUGGGACCAAGGUCCACAUUGACCCUUCUGUUGGGUGGAAGAGGAGCUGGGGCUCGAGGUCCAGGUGAGGGAAACACUGCAGGCCUUCUGCCUGAGUACUAUUUAUUCACUCCUUUCCUCAACCAGUGGAAUCCUGUCACCCCAAGUGCUCUGCUCUCCAGGUGCCUAGAGAAUCCUAACUCUUGGGACCAGGAAAUGUCUUGCACCAAGCAUGCCUGCCCCUGGCCAGACUGAGGUCUUCCCCAGUCAUAAAAUUUACUCCUAGAAGCCUGGAGGGAAGGUGGUAAAUUAGCCUGUGGUUCUCAGCUAAAAGGAAAAAAGACACCAGACCUUUGUUCCCUGUUAGGGGAAAACCUUAGUUUUCUACUGGAGCAGCUUGCUCCUGAGUCCUCACAGGAGAUGGCCAAGUUGUGCUCCUGAGAGACCUGAGUGCCAGGUGGAGCAAAAUGCAUUGGCCCUAACCAAGUGGUAUGUGUGAAGCAAAAGGAGCAGGUGCCCGCACUUCUGCAGCUACCUCUUUGCACACACAGUUAUGACCAACAGAUGGUCCCUCCUCUCCCCUCCUUUCCCCAUUUACAAUCACUUCUUGCAGGGGGUCAUAAUUAUUUCUAAAUAUUACUGGUCCGAUGACUUCCUCCUCCCAGUGCAAUUUUUUACUUCCUAUUUCAACCUCUGGUUCCUGGGCUGAGCCAUACCCUGGAACUGGCCCACCCCAUCUGACUUCCCGUGUAAGGGAGACCUUUGCAAAUGGCAUCCGAAUGGGUAGGCAAGCCACAGCUACCAUAGCAAAUAACUCAUAUUUAUUUUGCAUAAGAUUUUAAUUUGUAUAUUUUUGUGAUUUACUUUGGCAUUGUUAUGAGUUUGACUCUCGGGGAGUUUUGUUUUAUGACUCUUGUGUCUUUUGUCACAAAACAAUGAUAAUAUUUGCUAAACA